AUGGACCUGGAUGUGCUGAACAUGUUUGUCAUUGCUGGCGGCACCCUGGCCAUCCCCAUCCUGGCCUUUGUGGCCUCCUUCCUUCUCUGGCCCUCAGCGCUCAUCCGCAUCUACUACUGGUACUGGCGCCGAGCUUUGGGUAUGCAGGUUAGAUAUGCCAACUACGAUGACUAUCAGUUUUGUUAUUCCUAUAGAGGGAGACCUGGAUACCGACCAUCCAUCCUGAUGUUACAUGGGUUCUCAGCUCACAAAGACAUGUGGCUGUCAAUAGUCAAGUUCCUGCCGAAGAACCUGCACUUGGUGUGUGUUGACAUGCCCGGGCACGAGGGCACGACCCGCUCAGCCUUGGAUGAUUACUCCAUUAGUGGGCAAGCUAAGAGAAUACACCAGUUCGUGGAGUGCAUCAAGCUGAACAGAAAGCCGUUUCAUCUGGUUGGCACUUCCAUGGGGGGAAACGUUGCCGGCGUCUAUGCUGCCCAGUACCCAGAAGACAUUUGCAGCCUGACCCUCAUCUGUCCUGCAGGCCUGCCGAGUACCACUGACAGCAAGUUCAUUAAGCAGCUCCGGGAGCUGCAAGAGUCUGAACGCAUCGACAGGAUCCCUUUAAUUCCCUCGACUCCCGAGGAGAUGGCGGAUAUGCUGAAGCUUUGCUCCUACGUUCGCUUCAAGGUGCCGCAGCAGAUCCUCCAGGGCCUUGUUGACGUUCGCAUCCCACACAAUGAUUUUUACCGGAAACUGUUUUUAGAAAUCGCAGAUGAAAAGUCCAGGCACUCUCUCCAUGAGAACAUGAGCAAGAUCAAAGCACCAACGCAAGUCAUCUGGGGAAAGCAGGACCAGGUCCUGGAUGUUUCUGGAGCCAGUGUUCUAGCGAGCGCUAUCCCGGACUGCCACAUGUACAUCCUGGAGAACUGCGGGCACUCGGUGGUGGUGGAGCGGCCCCGCAAGACAGCCAACCUCAUCCUGGAGUUCCUGGCACUGCUGCACAGCAUGGACAACAACAAGAAGCAGGCGUGAGCGUGGCGGCGAGCCGAGUGCCCACGCCAGGUCUUUUAAAUUGUAAAGUACUGCAGCUUUGAUAAGUUCUCAGGGAUCUUGUAUGAAUCGGCGGGGUGAAUGUGCCAAAGUCCCUGAGGAAGGCAGAAUGACUGAUACCUAAACCUAUAGCACCACUGGCAAAGCGACCUAGGGGUCAUUGAGCAACCUCCAUAGAUACAGGAACGGAAGCAGAAUCUCUCCCUUUUCUACUUAGAGGUAAAGUAGGAACGAGCUGAAAUCACCAAGCGCUAGCCAAGCAGUGUGCUGAAGCUCUCACGCAGCCGCCCAUCUUACCCGAGUUACCGGCACGUAGUUGUUAAUGACAUUUACCUAAACUAUAUAAGAAACGUAGGAAGGAGGAAGCGUCCUGGACUGAGACUUACAAUAUUUCUACUACUUAGAGUCUGUCACGUUGCAUGCUGCCGUGCUGUAAGAGAACCCCAGUGCUCCAGGCGUCUGCUCGAGUGCUCUUUGUGUAGCUCCUUAACUCGUGACUUAUGCAGAAAACAACAGAAAACUUCAUGCGUGGAAGUCCAAUGACUGUAUGUGCAAAAAUGUUUACACUUUGAGUGGGUUUUUUUAAAUCCCCGAACAGCUCCUGCGUAUAUGUAAUGCCUUAACAUUGCCCAGGGUACAGCGCCUGUGCACAGCCCGCCUCGCCCAGGGGAUGUUUCCCCCUGAGAGUGAACAUAGCAAGUGAAAACUCGGGGUGCAGACAGCAGCUUUGCCACCGUUGUGCGAACUGGAGGGAUGGAAAACUCCCGGAGUGAUUCAGUCCCUGAGCCGGAGUCAGCAAUAAGCCCGUGGGCAGGGUGCGAGUCAGCAAACUCGGGCAAACUCUUGUCUCAGCUCUUCUAUCACGUCGUGCUGCUGAACUCAUUGAUGUAAAUAACAAUUUUCUUAAUGAAUUCCAUGAAUUCUAUGAAUGCCAAUGUCACCGAAACCAGGCGUGAGGGGUGGGAGUGGGCUGUGUAUGCGAAUAGCGCGGGGGUGCGGGCUCCUGAGCUCGCUGGGCGUCGAGGAGGGGGACAGCUCGCCUGCGAGGCGCUGAGUGGUGGCGUGGAAACAUACGGUGUGCUUGUGCGUCCUCUUGAU